AUGCGCUUGACCGACGCUGUGCCUCUAUCACUGCUCACAUUGGCACCUUUAAUAGGCUACGCUUCAGCAUGGGGGAACGAAUCCUCAGAUAUCACUCUCGCCACACGGGCCCUUUCCCCUUUCGAUGACCGUCCGCCCGGAUGCCCCGAGUGUCCGGCGUGCUUCAACUGUCAGCUGGAUAACUACAACUGCACCCAUUUCGCGGAAUGUAACAACUACAAUGGAAAAUGUUCCUGUACCCCUGGGUUCGGAGGCGAUGAUUGCUCGGUCCCUUUGUGUGGCUCGCUGGCCGACGACCUCAACCGACCACAGCGUGACUCCGACACCUGCAAAUGCAAGGAUGGCUGGAAGGGAAUCAACUGCAACGUUUGCGAAACGAACGAUGCCUGCAAUGCCAUGAUGCCGGAAGGUGAAGGAGGUGUGUGUCACAAACAAGGUGUUACCAUCAAGGAGAACUUCCAGAUGUGUGAUGUGACCAACCGAGCCAUUUUGAAGCAGCUUGAUGGGCGUAAACCUCAAGUCACCUUCUCGUGCGAAGCCGAAGACAACACUUGCAGCUUUCAAUUCUGGGUUGAUCAGAAGGAGUCCUUCUACUGCGGCUUGGACACAUGCGAACGAAGCUGGGAAACGGACUAUGAAUCCAAUUCGACCCACUAUAAAUGCGAACAUCUGCAGUGCAGCUGCAUACCUGGUCGUUUCCUUUGUGGAGAGAACGGAUCUAUCGAUCUGAGCGAUUUCCUCGAUCAGUUGAUCAAGGGCCCGGCUACCUUCGACACCAAAGCGACACUAGAAGGCACAAAGAGUGUUUUCUCGGAACCUCAGAUGAAUGGCUUGAUUGCCGGAGUCUUUGGUGAUCCCAGCAUCUUCUUGUCAUGCGAUUCGGGGGAGUGUGUCUACAAGACUGACGAACCUGGUUACGAGCGCCCCAUAAAGAAAAUCAACACGCCACUCAUUGCUGGCGUGAUAGCGGGAAGCUCACUGUUUGUGGUUGCAGUCAUCUUGCUUGUGUGGUAUCUGUCCCGUCGUGCUGCACGCCGUGGCUAUCUUCGACUAUCGCUCUCGGACGACUCGGACGAUGAGGCUGCCAAGCUCCUGGCAGACUAUCGUCCAGCGGCUUUAUUCUGGGAUAAUGUGUCUUAUACUCUAAACGGAAAAGAAAUCCUUUCCGGCAUCCAAGGUGCAUCGACCCCAGGUCAAAUCACAGCUAUCAUGGGUGCGUCGGGGGCUGGCAAAACCUCAUUCCUCGAUAUCUUGGCCCGGAAGAACAAACGAGGCACGGUUAAUGGAGAGUUCUAUGUCAAUGGCGAGCAAAUCAGCGACAGCGACUUCAGAUCCAUGAUCGGCUUUGUGGAUCAAGAAGACACAAUGCUUGCUACACUCACCGUUCACGAAACCAUCCUGACAAGUGCUCUUCUAAGGCUACCUCGGGACAUGAGCCGGGCAGCCAAAGAGCAAAGGGUUUUGGAAGUCGAGAAGCAAUUGGGAAUUUAUCAUAUCAAAGAUCAAUUGGUUGGCUCGGAAGAAGGCAAUGGCCGUGGUAUCUCUGGAGGAGAAAAGCGCCGUGUUGGAAUUGCCUGUGAGCUGGUCACCAGUCCCAGUAUACUGUUCCUGGAUGAGCCCACAAGUGGGUUGGAUGCCUAUAAUGCCUUCAACGUGGUUGAAUGUUUGGUCACGCUCGCCAAAACCUACAAUCGAACCGUCAUCUUCACUAUCCACCAACCACGCUCGAACAUUGUUGCACUCUUUGAUCGAUUGAUUCUGCUUGCUGAGGGACGUACCGUCUACUCUGGUCCCUUCUCAUCUUGCCAGCCGUAUUUCGACAACAUUGGUUAUUCAUGCCCCCCAGGUUUCAACAUCGCGGAUUAUCUCGUCGAUCUCACAAUGCACGCUGGUGCGGCGCAUUCCUCUUUCACGGAUGAAGUCGCAUCGUCUGUGGAUGGACGUACUGGUCCAUUCAAAACUGCAUCCAGUAGCCUCAGGGCUGUUAAAUCAGUUGCCAGUGCGUCAAACUACAGCAUGGAGGACAACUCAAGCGGCGCAGAGGCGACCCGGCGGCCCAAGAGCAAACGACGCGUAUCUCUAAAGCAGCAGCAAGACCGCCAACUGUAUUCGCGAAAGCAACAAAAUGAGCGUCCAACCACGCCGAAGACAGAUGACGAGAGUGCUACCUUGGAUGUGGCCGAAAACCAGCAACAAUGGCUCCGGUUAUCUCGCCAAGGGGGUAACGUCCCUCCCCAAAUCCUCGACGAUCCCGAUCAGCUACCCCCACCAGCACCUGGUACAAGUGAUCUCGAUAUCCUGAUCGCCAGCUACGCGGAUUCUGAUGUCUGCAACUCUGUGCACGAGGAGAUUGUGGCUGCUGUCCAUAGUGCCCAAGCAGCGAAUGGUUCGCCAAACUCGGCAAUAUUAUCUGAUACUGCAGCACAGUCCAAAGGCUUUGCGCGCGUGGGCCUCUUGCGCCAGUUCAUCAUCUUAUCCCAGCGAACAUGGCGUAAUCUUUAUCGCAAUCCGAUGCUCAUGCUCACGCAUUACGCCAUCGCUAUCCUACUUGCUGUCUUGUCUGGAUACCUGUUCUAUGGCCUCACCGACGAUAUCAGUGGUUUCCAGAACCGUCUCGGACUCUUCUUCUUCGUCCUGGCUCUCUUCGGUUUCAGUACUCUGACCAGUCUCAACGUAUUCUCCUCUGAGCGGCUUCUUUUCGUGCGCGAGCGUGCCAAUGGCUACUACCAUCCAGUCACCUACUUUGCGUCCAAGGUCGUCUUCGAUAUCGUUCCUCUGCGAUUGAUUCCCCCCAUCAUCAUGGGUAUUAUCGUCUACCCCAUGACAGGCCUGAUCCCCGCGUGGCCCGAGUUCCUCCGAUUCUUGCUGGUUCUGGUUCUCUUCAACCUCGCGGCGGCCGGCAUUUGCUUGUUCAUUGGAAUCAUAUUCCGUGAUGGUGGCGUUGCCAACCUCAUUGGUAGUCUAGUAAUGCUUUUCAGCUUACUUUUCGCGGGUCUGUUGCUCAACCACGAUGCGAUCCCCAAGUCAGCAUUGUGGCUGCAAUCUCUUUCCAUCUUCCACUAUGGCUUCGAGGCCUUGAUUGUCAAUGAAGUGACGUACCUCACCCUGAUUGAUCACAAGUACGGUUUGGACAUCGAGGUUCCCGGUGCCUCGAUCCUGAGUGCCUUCGGAUUUGAUACCCAAGCCUAUUGGAACGACGUGAUUGGGCUUGCUGUUAUUUCGGGGGCGUUUAUCAUCAUUGCAUACAGUGCCAUGCACUUCCUGCUUGUCGAGAAGCGAUAA